AUAAAAUGGCAACCUUUUCAUUUUAUUCUAUUUUUUACCAGUGUUCACACCUCUGUUUUCUAAAUAUUAUACAUGUACUCCGUAUAAAGUUAAAUAUUUUUCACCCCAACCAUUCUAGAAAUUAAAACACUUCUUCUUCUUGGAUCAAACAAAAGAGCUUUGAAGAAGAAAAAAAAACUGAUCAAAUUCAUGGGGUCUUGCAUGAGUACAAGAAUUAAAGCAGAGAGCCCUAUUCAUUCUGGGGCAGAUGUUUUGAGCGGUAAGAAUGAGGGCCAUAUUCCGGAGUCAUCAAAUCUAAAGGCUUUCAGUUAUAACGAACUCCGCCUCGCCACCAGAAACUUCCGGCCCGACAGUAUGCUGGGCGAAGGCGGGUUCGGUUCGGUGUUCAAGGGAUGGAUUGACAAGAACACGUUCAAGGCAACCAAGCCCGGAACCGGUUUGGUCAUUGCGGUGAAACGGCUCAACCAAGAAAGCUCCCAAGGCCACAAAGAAUGGCUCACAGAGAUAAAUUAUCUGGGUCAAUUAAGUCAUACCAAUCUAGUGAAACUGAUAGGUUAUUGUGUGGAGGAUGAACAUAGACUUUUGGUGUAUGAAUUCAUGCCUAGGGGCAGUUUGGAGAAUCAUCUAUUCAGAAGGAGCUCUUACUUUCAACCAAUAACUUGGAGUCUAAGGAUGAAAGUUGCUCUUGGUGCAGCCAAGGGACUUGCUUAUCUUCAUAGCCCCGAAGCCAAAGUCAUCUAUCGCGAUUUCAAAUCGUCUAACGUUUUGAUCGACUUCAACUACAAUGCAAAACUUUCGGAUUUCGGAUUGGCAAAGGAUGGGCCGGUAGAUGGGAAAACUCACGUCUCCACGCGAGUGAUGGGUACAUACGGCUACGCAGCGCCUGAGUAUGUGUCCACGGGUCAUUUGACUGCGAAGAGCGAUGUGUACAGUUUUGGGGUCGUGCUUCUGGAAAUGCUGACGGGGCGUCGAGUUUUGGACAGAAACAGACCUAGCUCAGAAGAGAACCUCAUCGAGUGGGCUAAGCCUUACCUAGCCAACAAGAGGAAAGUCCUACAAGUUGUGGAUCCCCAAAUCCAAGGGCAAUACUCGACGAUGGUGGCUCUAAGGAUAGCCCUCCUUUCGGUGAGAUGUCUUACCCAUGACCCCAACUUGAGGCCCGACAUGGAUGAGGUGGUUCAUGAGUUGGAACAGCUGCAAGAGGCCAAUGCAGAGUAAGAGUGUCUUUCUAGAGGGAAUAAUGGGACACCUUUGUGCUUAUGAUUGUUGCUUGAAUGCUAGUGAAGAAAAAUAAGUACAAUUA